UCACCCUUUUUCUGUGCUCAAAUCUCUUGGCUUUGUUCGUCUCUUGCUCUGUUUCGCUCUUUCUUCUCCUCGGCUCAACCAUUCUUCUUCCUCCUCCUCUUUAGUUUCUGCUGCUCCUUUUCAUUAUUCUCCCUCUCCGUCUCUCUUUUUUCUCGCUCUUUCUUUCUCGGAAAAAAAAAAUCAAAGAAAAAUGUCGGCAGAUUCUGUCGUUGGUAUUGGAUGGGAUGUCUUGAAGCGCUAUGUAAUUGUUCCCAUCGAACGUGGAUUCGGAUACGUGAUCUCCUCCAAGAGAUUCGCCAACAAUCUUCGGGGGGGAGUCCAGGAUCUGAAGAACGAGGUUCAGAGGGUCGAGGUUCUUGCGGAACAGGCUAGAAACAAUGUUCGGAAAUUCAACGAUGUCUUCACGGCGUGGGAGGCAAAUGCUGGCAAGGCCUUGGAGGAGGCGCGAGAGCUGUUGGACGAGUUCGAAAAGGCGACCAAGACUUGCUGCUACGGGACUCUUCCUGACCCCAGAUCUCGCUACCAGUUCAGCAGGAAGGCUGAGGACAAUAUCGAGGUCAUUAAUCAACUCACUAAAAAAUGCAACAGAUUCAACGGACUGGACGACAUCUCCUUCAUCGAUCCUGCUUUGGGGAAUGUCGCUGCCUCGAAUCCGGCCAGGAGAGAAGGCAAAGAUGUUGUUCAGUCGACCACUGCGACAGGUUCUGCUUCUUUUGUGUCAACGUCGAUGAAGCUUAGGGACGGUGGCGUCUUUGAAUCCAGAGCUAUGAUGAUACAGAACAUCAUGGACGCUCUUGCUGAUAACGGCAAUAACGUGGUCGGGAUUUACGGGAUAAGUGGGGUCGGCAAGUCCACCCUUUUGGCGGAUACCGAAAAAAUAAUAAGGGAAGAGAAGUCCUUCGAUCUGGUUGCUCACGCCGACGUGUCCGAACAUCAAGACAUCAAGAGGAUUCAAGAAGAGAUUGCACACAAGUUGGGCCUAAGUGGCCUAAAGAAUGAAGAGUAUGUCAGCGUGCAAGCAGAACUUCUUCACGGGAGGUUGAAAGUCGAGGAGAGGAUCAAAAAGAAGGUCCUCAUAAUACUAGACAACCUUUGGAAGGGGCUCGACUUGAAAUCAGUCGGCAUUCCUUGUGGACCUGACAACAAAGUCAUGGGAUGCAAGUUGUUGUUGACGUCGAGAGAUCGCGAUGUUUUACCGAGGGAUAUGGGCUGUGACAAGGACUUCCACCUUGGUGGGCUGAAGGAGGAAGAGGCAAAAAGAUUGUUUGAGAGGAUAGUUGGAGACAAAAGCUCAUGAUGAUAAGUUCAAACCUUGGGUGAAAGUAGCACUCGACAAAUGUGCAGGUGUGCCUUUCUUAAUCAUUGCAGUGGCAAAGCGUUUUAAAGACGCCGGUUUAUCUGAAUGGAAGGACACUUUGAAAAAAA